AUGAGCAGUCACGUUUACCUCACUCCCGGCGACAGCGACAGCGAUUCAGACUUUGGGGAAACCCCCAACGCAAAUUUCCUUCAUCCAGAACUAGGUGAAGUGGGUGAGGCCUAUGAACUGCAGGAGAGACAAGACCAAACGCCUAAUGUCGACCAUGGACAUGACCAUGAACAUGAUGGUGAGGUUGACCGAAUCGGAGACUACCGCCGGCGCCUCAGCAGCAGCACUGCAGCCAGUUUCCAACUAUACACGCCAGAUGAGGAGCAGUCUGUUGUGCGUAAGUUUGACCGGAAGCUUGUCAUGUUUUUGUCGGUCUGUUAUAUGAUGUCGUUCCUUGAUCGGAGUAAUAUUGGCAACGCGCGGCUUGCUGGCAUGGAGCAGGACCUCCAGACUAAACCUGCCAAGGACGAGUGGUAUGAUUGGUCGCUAACCUCGUUUUAUGUUGCGUAUGUUGCUUUUGAAUGGAUGAGUCUGCUCUUCAAAGUCAUACCCGCUCACUUAUAUGUAUCACUAAUUAUAAUGCUAUGGGGCACGACGGCUUCGCUGCAGUCAAUCGCAACUUCCUAUCCUGUCCUCGUCGUUCUCCGCACUGUUUUGGGCAUAGCAGAAGCUGGCUUCUCCGGCGUUCCUUUCUACUUGUCGUUCUUUUUCAAAAAAGAUGAACUGGCGUUUCGUACGGCGCUCUUCAUUUCGGCUGCGCCCUUGGCUACGACCUUCGCUUCAUCUCUUGCGUGGCUUAUAUUGAAAGUGGGCGAGGCAAGCCCUAUAGCCCCGUGGCGCCUAUUAUUCUUGCUUGAAGGCUUCCCUUCUGUCGUCGUUGGUGUCAUAGCUUGGAAUGUGAUACCUGAUAGUCCACAAGCCGCUUCAUAUCUCACGAGGCGGGAGAAAACAGUCGCACGCUUGCGACUUCGCCAUGAGUUGCGACGAGCAGGUAAAAGUGCGAGCGGCCAGUCGAGCAAGUCCAGGUUAAAAUUGGGAGAGGUUUUUUCUGUACUUGCGGACUCAAAAGCGUGGAUUACCGCGUUCAUUUUCUUUCUGACCAACAUGGCCUACUCAUCGCUACCUGUAUUUUUGCCAACUAUUCUUCAUGAGAUGGGCCAUUCGGCAUCACAGAGCCAGGCACUCAGCGUCCCACCCUACCUCAUUGCUUUCUUUACUAUCCUCAUCACGGCGCACUUGUCCGACAAGAUGCAGAAAAGGGGCCCUUUUAUCAUCGCUCAUGCCCUGUGUUCCGCUCUUGGUUACACCGUCAUGGCUCUUGCACGGCCUUUGAGUAUCAGUCCGAUGCUUCGCUACCUGGCGGUCUAUCCGGCGGCUAGCGGGUUCUUCAACGUGGUUGUCCUGAUCAUCUCAUGGACUAUCAACAAUCAAGCGACAGAGUCGAAACAGGGUGGGGGCUUCGCGCUGAUGCAGGUAAUAGGACAGUGUGGUCCAUUGGUAGGCACAAGACUGUACCCCAAGAGCGAUGAGCCAUUCUUUGAGCAGGGAAUGUGGGCUUGUGCUGGAGCAAUGUUCGGGGUUGUGUUGCUGGCGGGCGUGUUGAGUUGUUAUCUGGCACGGCAGAACAAGAUACUUGACGCAGAACAGACAGGCCGUAACGGUAACGCAGGCGUAAGGGCGGAGGAAGCACGAGGGCUAGUAGGAAACCCGGAGGACGGGGGAAGAGAAGGAGAUGGCAGCUUCAGAUUCAUGCUUUGA